GGCCUUCUUUUUGCCUUAGCGGCUGCUCACCGGUGGAAGGGAAGGAGCGAAGAUGGUGUCGCUGAAGCUCCAGAAGCGUCUCGCCGCAAGCGUGCUCAAGUGCGGGAAGGGGAAAGUUUGGCUCGAUCCUAAUGAAGUCAGCGAAAUCUCCAUGGCCAAUUCCCGCCAGAACAUUAGGAAGCUUGUCAAGGAUGGUUUCAUCAUCAGGAAGCCAACUAAGAUCCACUCUCGCUCUCGGGCGCGUCGUAUGAAGGAGGCCAAAAGAAAGGGGCGUCACUCUGGAUAUGGUAAGAGAAAGGGUACGAGAGAGGCAAGGCUCCCCACAAAGAUUUUGUGGAUGAGGAGAAUGCGUGUGCUGAGACGUUUGCUCCGCAAGUACAGGGAGGCAAAGAAGAUUGACAAGCACAUGUAUCACGACAUGUACAUGAAAGUGAAGGGUAAUGUCUUCAAGAACAAGCGUGUUCUGAUGGAGAGUAUCCACAAAUCUAAGGCCGAGAAGGCAAGAGAGAAGACCUUGUCUGACCAGUUUGAGGCCAAGAGGGCGAAAAACAAGGCUAGCAGAGAGAGGAAGAUUGCCCGGCGGGAGGAGCGCCUUGCUAUGGGUCCAGCAGGAGACAAGGCUAUGGCUGCAGCUCAAGCAGCUGCUGCCCAAACAACAGAACCAUCGAAGAAGUCCAAGAAGUGAAGAGAGUUUCUCGUGUCCUGAUAUCCCUCCUUUUUUUGCUGCUGUUUCCUAAUUUUUUUUGUCUUGCUGUUGUUUCGUUGGUUGAUCUUCCUAAUCUAAGUUUUAGUUGUUCGUGGAGUGUUUCUUGAAAACUCAGUUUAGUUAUAUAUAAACUUUUACGUUAAAACGUUUCAAAUCC